AUGCGAAAAAAUAUAUUCUACAUUUUUUUCAUCGUAAUUGGUAUAACAGCGAACAUUACUACUAUCAAACUCUUACUUAUAGGGCGGCCCGAGUUAUUUCAUUUAAAAUCAACAGGCAGUAAAGUUGCAUUUGCCACAGUCACAACUCCAGCGUUCUGUAUGGGGGCUGUAGCACUUGGAUAUUCAAUUCAGAAGUAUCAUGGUGACUCAAUAGACCGAAUUUGCCUAGUUUCACAUGAUGUAAAUUCAACCUGGAGAGAAAUUUUAUCUCAAUGGUGGAAAGUUUACGAAAUGCCUGAAAUAAAACCGACUAAAACGCAUAGAAGAUCAUGGAUUAAACUACAAUUGUGGAAAUUCACAGAUUACUCAAAAAUUCUUUAUUUUGACACAGAUACACUCCUUUUAGAUAAUGUCGAAGAGCUUUUCAAAGAAAAACAGCUUUCUUGUGCUAAUGACGUCAAUCCAACAUAUAUUUGCAAUACAGGAGUUCUUGUUUUGGAGCCAUCAAUUUUAAUUUAUAGAGAUAUGCUUGAGAAGAUGAAAGACCAAUUGUUUUUACACUUGCCUGGCGAUCAGGCAUUCAUAAAUGCGUACUUUAAAACGUUUAAUCCGUUACAUCCAAAAUAUAACGCGCUUAGACUAGAUUCAUCAAGUUUCCCUGAAUUUUAUGAGGCAGGAAAACUUAAAGUAGUUCAUUAUGUAUGUAAAAAACCAUGGAAAUGCGGAAGAUCUGGUGUAACUUAUUGCGGCUGCGGAUAUGCUAAGCUUAAUGAAGUCUGGUAUCAAUACUUCGAUGAAGCAUGCAAAAAUCAUACCUGCAUUGAAUCAUGGAAAGAAUAA